GCUGAGAGGUGUGUGGUGGGCAGAUCUCCUUUAUAAAUACGUGGGUGACAGCCAGCCUGAUGCUCACAGUUCAAUGCGGAUGACAAUGCUGGGAAUUUUGGUUGCUGCUACUGUUUUGUUGGAGGCCGUCUCUGCCAUCUCCCUCGGUGUUGUCAGUACCGAGGGAGGAAUGGUGGAGGGACAAAAUAUCAAUCUUGGGUACCAGCGCUACAUGGAUGUUUUCAAAGGCAUUCCCUUUGCUGGUGUCCCUGGAAGGUUUGAGAAGCCAUCACGUCACUCUGGCUGGGAUGGUAUUCUGAAGGCCACUAAGUUCAGGGAUAGAUGCCUUCAGCUGACUGUUCUCCUGAACGACGUCUACGGCAGUGAGGACUGUCUUUACCUGAAUAUUUGGGUUCCUCACAGCAAGUCAGUGGCCACCAAUCUGCCCGUCAUGGUCUGGAUCUUUGGUGGAGGUUUCUUGGUUGGAGCCUCGUUUGGUGCUAACUUCCUGGAUAACUAUCUGUACAGCGGACAGGAAAUUGCAGACAGAGGAAAUGUUAUUGUGGUGACUCUGGGAUACCGUGUGGGAUCCCUGGGCUUCCUGAGCACCGGAGACGCUGGUCUGCCUGGAAAUUAUGGUCUGUGGGACCAGCAGGCUGCCAUAGCAUGGGUGCACAGAAAUAUCCGAUCAUUUGGAGGAGACCCCAGCAACAUAACCCUCUUUGGAGAGUCUGCCGGAGGAGCCAGUGUUAAUUUCCAGAUCCUCACUCCUCACAACAAAGGAUUUAUUAGGAGAGCAAUCUCCCAGAGCGGUGUCGCCAUUUGCCCUUGGGCUGUCAACAAAAACCCUCGCAAGUUUGCUGAAGAGGUUGCCCUGAAAGUCAACUGCCCCACUGAUCAAAACAUGGCCAAGUGUCUGAAGAUGACUGAUCCCAAAGCUCUGACUUUAGGGGGAACUCUCAAAAUGUCCGGCUCUCCUGAUGCCCCUCUGGUGUACAACCUGGUUCUGUCUCCUGUGAUUGAUGGCGACUUCCUGCCGGAUGACCCGUCCGAACUGUUCCACAAUGCGGCCAACGUCGACUACAUUGCCGGAGCCAAUGACAUGGAUGGUCACGUCUUUACAGGCUUGGAUGUCCCAUCAGUCAACUCUGCCCUAUUGGACACCCCUAUUGAUGAAGUGAAGAGGCUCUUGGCUUCCUUUACCAAGGAGAAAGGAACGCUCGGUUCGCAAAAUGCCUUCUCCACAUACACCUCAGAUUGGGGAUCCAACCCCAGCAGGGAGACUGUUAAAAAGACUGUUGUGGCCAUCGAGACAGACUACCUUUUCCUGAUUCCCACUCAGGCUGCUCUUUAUCUUCAUGCCUCCAAUGCUGGAACUGGUCGCACCUACUCGUACCUCUUCUCUGAGCCCAGCCGUUUGGGAGGCAUCCUCACACCCUACCCUACCUGGGUGGGAGCUGACCACGCUGAUGACCUACAGUACGUCUUUGGAAAGCCCUUCUCCACGCCACUGGGAUACUGGCCGAAACAUCGUGAUGUGUCUGGAUACAUGAUUGCCUACUGGACCAACUUUGCCAAGACGGGAAACCCUAACACAGGAGGUCUAAGCGUGCCUGCUUCGUGGCCAGCAUUCUCAUCCAAUGGACACAAGUUCUUGGAGAUCCAUUCCAAGAUGGAUAGCAGCUAUGUGCAUGAGAAGCUAAGGAUUCGUUUUGUGAAUUUCUGGACCAGCGUCCUGCCCAACCUUCCCACAGUCUACUCAGAGUAAAGAGCUUGUGCUUGUUCUCAAGCCAUCGAUCAGUAGUGAUGGUUUAUAAAAAAUAAAUGAAUGAAAACAA